AUGAUGAUGAUGGCGACUGUGCGGCGCCGUGUGGCGUGCUACCUGCUGGUCCUUGCGCUCUUGUGCAGCAGCAGCUGCAUGUCCGUCCGCGGGGCUGCUGCUUCGGGCGUGGAAACUACCGCUGCGCUGCAAAAAACAUGGACGGAUGUGGAGGUGUCGUGCUUGGGGACUGACGGUAGGUUGAGUUGGCGUCCCUCCGGCGAGAAGGAUUGGCGAAGGUGUGCGAAGAAGCCUGGAGAAUACGAGAGCGUCACGGAUGACUGCGCACGGCUGUGCGAUGACGCUGGAGAAUUCUACACGUCGAAUAUCACCGGGCGUUGCCCUCCUGAGGGUGCUGGGAAGGAUUUUGCCCUCACGAUGCGAUUUGCGACGUACGGGAAUAUACAAAACUGCACUUCGGCGCCGGCAGAAAAUCGUCCUCAGUUGGGCGCUGGCGAUGCGCAACCAGGCCAGUCGCAACCACAGGCCGGAGCCGCGGCUGCACCGAAAACAGCGGGUGAUGAUGACCUGAGACGGAGCGGCGUUAGCGGUCCGCCGGGAAAGGCAGCCGCGACACCACAGAAUAAGCCGCCUGACCACACAGACAAGGUCAGGGUUCCUUCAAGGCCGAGCGAAAACGCCGCCGCCACUGCGUGGGUGCGCAUGCCCCUGCUGCUGCUCCUCACCGUCCUUGUCUGUGCCGCUGUGCGGUGA